AUGGCGCUUCCAAGCACAGUCUCAUCUCCUUCCUUCAAAUCCACACCUCCGUAUCUCUCCGCCUUCAAACCUAAACCUCUAAAUCUCCCGAUUACUUACCGGAGCAGUAACCGUAAACUCAUCUCUUUCCGAUGCUCAUCGUCUUCGUUCUCCGAGAAGCACCAAAACGUGAAUCCGCCGCCAAAAUCUGAUGACCUAGUCGAGCUCCCUCUAUUCCCACUACCUCUCGUCCUCUUCCCCGGGGCAACAAUCCCACUCCAGAUCUUCGAGUAUCGUUACCGAGUGAUGAUGCAGACGCUUCUCCAAUCCGAUCUCAGAUUCGGCGUCGUUUACUCCGACGCAGUAUCAGGUUCCGCCGCCGGUGUCGGAUGCGUCGGAGAGAUCGUGAAACACGAGCGGCUCGUCGACGAUCGGUUCUUCUUAAUCUGUAAAGGUCAGGAGCGAUUCCGCGUCACGGAUCUCGUCCGUACCAAACCUUACCUCGUCGCGAAGGUUACGUGGCUAGAGGAUCGACCUUCAGGGGAAGAGAAUCUUGACGAAUUGGCGAACGAGGUUGAGGUUUUGAUGAAAGAAGUGAUUCGAUUGUCGAACAGAUUGAAUGGGAAACCGGAGAAAGAAUCGCAGGAUCUGAGGAAGAAUCAGUUCCCAACUCCGUUCUCGUUCUUCGUCGGAAGCACUUUCGAAGGAGCUCCAAUGGAACAGCAAGCAUUGCUGGAACUUGAAGAUACGGCGGCUAGGUUAAAGAGAGAGAGGGAGACACUGAGGAAUACACUCAAUUACUUGACCGCAGCUUCUGCAGUGAAAGAUGUCUUCCCAUCGCCAUAG